CGUAAAUUUAUACAACGACGAAAACAAAAACGGCGUUUCUUCAUCCAAUAUUUGCUCAAAAACCAAGAAUGCAGGCGAAAUAGAAAUGGGAGGAGAGGAGAGUGUAGUGGUGUGGCACACCCGGCGGUGGAGCGGAGGAGGCCAACCCGGAGCAGGAGCCGAGCAAACAAACAACAACAAAUACCAGCACACCCCCAAGCAACAGCUAAAGUAUCAGAGGCAGAGCACCAGUACUAGCAGUGACAGUGGACGAGUCAGAAGCAGAAGCACCAGCAGCAGCAGCAGCAGCAGAGGCAGCGGCAUCAGAGACCCCCAGAAGAACCCAAAACUGAAGCAAAUCAGUCUAGUCAACAAAGCAGACCAAAUGAGCACGCACUUCGCCACUAAACAGCAGCACAAACUAAGCCAAAAAUAAGAAUAAAAAGGAAAAAACAAAAAGAUAAGCACACCUGCUAAGUAGCUAGUCGGGAGCUAGGCAGGAUUCAAAGGUUAAGGACACCCGGAAAAGAAGAGAAGCCAAGAUGCGGGUCGUGGCCAUGGUCAGCGGCGGCAAGGAUAGUUGCUACAACAUGAUGCAGUGCGUCGCCGAGGGCCACGAGAUCGUCGCCUUGGCCAAUCUGCAUCCCAAGGACAAAGAUGAACUGGACAGCUUCAUGUACCAGACAGUCGGCCACAUGGGCAUCGAGAUUCUGGCCAACGCCAUGGGCCUGCCCCUCUAUCGGCGCGAGACCAAGGGCAAGAGCACCCAGACCGGCAAGCAGUACGUGCCCACGGACGAUGACGAGGUCGAGGAUCUAUAUAGUCUGCUGGAGACAUGCAAGAACGAACUACAGGUGGAGGCGGUGGCCGUGGGCGCCAUCCUGUCGGACUACCAACGUGUCCGGGUGGAGAACGUCUGCAGCCGCCUCAACCUGAUAUCCCUGGCCUACUUGUGGAGGAGAGAUCAGACUGAACUGCUGCAGGAGAUGAUUGACUGCCAGGUGCACGCCAUCAUAAUAAAGGUGGCUGCCUUGGGUCUGGUGCCGGACCGGCACCUGGGCAAGUCGCUCCGCGAGAUGCAGCCCCACCUGCUGAAGAUGCGCGACAAGUACGGACUGAACGUGUGCGGGGAGGGGGGCGAGUACGAGACCUUCACCCUGGACUGCCCCCUCUUCCGCCAGCGGAUCGUCGUCGAGGACAUACAGACGAUCAUCUCGAGCGCGGAUCCCAUCUGCCCGGUGGGCUAUAUCAACUUUACCAAGCUGACGCUCCAGCCGAAGGAGGCGGCGGUGGGCGUGGCAGUGAGCGGCAGCGGCAUCGGCGGCGAAGGUGUCUUCGUGAAGCGUUCGCUCGACUACAUCAGCGAUCUGAACGAGUCCACGUACAGCGAUCUGAGCGAUCCGGACUUCAGUGAGACGGAGCUGGAGCUGAUCGAGAAGGAGACCCGAUUGCGGGAGUCGCUCAGCCAGAGCGAACUGAUCUCGCGCAGCAACUCGUUCGGCCGGCAUCUGGCCGCCUCGGCUUCCGGUUCCGUUUCGGCCAGCGCUUCCGCCUCGGCCACCGCCAGCGCCACCGCCUCCUCGCCCAUACCCAUUGUCACGAAGAGCGCCAGCGUCGACGAGCCCACGACGGCGAUAACAGCGGCGGGGGCGGGGGGAGUCUGCUCCCCGGCCAGUGCAUCCGCCUCCGCCAGCACCUGCGCUUCGAUGCUGCUGACCACCGGGGAUGUCAGCAGCACUGCCGCCGUCUGUGGCUCGCUGUCGCUGGCCAUCUCCUCGCUUGGGCUGACCGCGAACACCUGCUGUCAGGUGGGGGGAGUGGGGCCAGGAGCCGGAGCUACCCAGCCGCCGAGUCCGCUGAAGUACGAGCGGGAAUUCCGUCCACUGGCGAACGAGGCUAGAGCGGCGAUCAACGCCAAGGGCUGGAUGUGGCUGGCCGGCAUACAGGGCUGUGGAUCGGAGGGCAUGGAGCAGGGAAUGCAACUGGCCCUGGACACUUUGCGGGACCUGUGCCACGGCAAGGGCUACGAGCUGCAGGAUCUGUGCUACAUAACCCUCUAUGUGCGCUCCAUCGCCGAGUACCCGGCCCUGAAUCGGAUCUACCAGCGCGCCUUCGACUUCCACAAUCCGCCGACCCGCGUCUGCGUCGAGUGCCCGCUGCCCGACGGCUGCCAUGUGGUGAUGGAGGCCAUCGCCUACCGCCAGGCCAUCGCCGGUUCCAUAUCCAGUGCCGAGGAGCGGGAUCGCGAGAGCGAGGAGACAGCGGCGGCGCUGCUGAACGGUCGCCGCAACACAAUGCAUGUCCAGGGCAUCUCCCACUGGGCUCCGGCCAACAUAGGACCCUACAGCCAGUCGACCAGGAUCGGCGACAUCACCUACAUCUCGGGCCAGAUCGCUCUGGUGCCCGGCAGCAUGACAAUCAUCGAGGGCGGCAUCCGGCCCCAGUGCAAGCUCACCUUGCGCCACAUCAGUCGCAUCGCCAAGGCGAUGAACGCCCACGGGCAGCUGAGGGACGUGGUGCAUGGCAUCUGCUUCGUCACCCAUCCGGCCUUCAUCGGGGAGGCGCGACGUCAGUGGGAGAGGCGCACCACCAACGCCAUCAUGGACUACAUUGUCCUGCCGGCACUGCCCCGGGAGGCGCUCGUCGAGUGGCAGGUGUGGGCGCACACCCACAACGACCGAUUCGACUAUGAGGAAACGGGCUGUUCGGUGGGCGACUACACCAUCUCGAUCCGGCGUCGCUGGAACUACGAGAACAACUGUGCUGCUAUCGUCUGUUAUGUGUCCACCGGCCUGGCCUCGUCCACCACCCAGCUGACGCAGCUGAGCGACGACAUCCUCGGCAAUCACUGCCGCUUGGCGCAGUCGGUGAGCGCCGAGCACCUGGACGAGAUACUCACAUAUGUCGUGAAUCGUCUCCUGAAGGACUAUCCGCUGGCCAAGAAGCCAUCGGCAGCCAAUACAGCCACGCCCCCGGCGACACCCAUCCCGACACCGGGCGGUGCUGGCGGGGAUCAGCACCAGCCACUGCCGGCCAUCCAUCUGAAGCUGUUCUAUCAGGUGAAUGCGGCGCCGGCGACGGAGCUGUUGUUGCAGGCGCUGCACGAUUUCCGCAUCAAGUGCCAGGACACUGCCUCGGUCGUCUACACGGUCCUGCCCGCCUGCAGCCUGCACAACUUCAGUACGUUCCUGUCCAUAUGCGGUGUGAGGCAUGAGUAGGAUUCUUUGGACUCUGGAUGGAUGGCUGGAGGAGGAUGAGGAGGAGCAGGGAUCGCUUUGGAGUGACAACAAAUCGCAGAGAGCGGAUAGUAAUCUUUGGAUAAACGCCAAGCCAGUUUGCCUUUAAAAAAAAAAGAAAUCUUUAAAAAAACGAGCAACAACAACAACAACAACAGGAAAAAUAACCAUUUUAUUAUUUUUUUAUCUACGAAAAUAAUGCAUGUUCCUUUUUAUUAUAAAAAUAUCAAAUUAAAUUUGAAUUCUUUUUUGAAAAGAA